AUGUCAAGAUGGUCAGGGAAGCCUGCCAUCAAGGGCAACUCUGAAGCUGUCCGCAUGGCUUUGCUCACCUGCAGCACAGUUGGCAUCACAUUCGUUUGGGGCGUGGAACAGACUUACUGCACCGCAUACCUCCUGUCCCUCGGUCUGACCAAGUCCAAAACCUCGCUCGUAUGGAUUGCCGGACCUCUGUCUGGGCUGAUUGUCCAGCCCAUUGUUGGAGCGAUUGCAGACGAGUCGAGAUCGAAAUGGGGUCGCCGGAGACCAUUCAUAAUAGUUGGCGCCCUGCUCUCGGCCCUGUUUAUCCUGGUGUUGGGCUUCACCCGCGAAAUCGUGGACUGCUUCGUGUCUCAUGAAGACAGCGCGAGGAGCAUCACAAUCUGGCUGGCCGUGCUGUCUAUAUACUGUGUGGACUUCACCAUUAAUGCAGUCAUGUCAGCUGCCCGAAGCCUUGUCGUGGACACUCUGCCGAUUGAGAAACAGCAGACUGGAUCGGCAUGGGGCGGAAGAAUGUCUGCCGUCGGCCACGGCAUCGCAUACGUCACGGGCGCAAUUGACCUACCUGCCACGUUUGGCACUUUCUUUGGCGACACUCAGUUCAAGCAGCUGACCCUCGCCGCCGCUGUGGGGAUAAUCGCGACUUGCUUCUUGACAUCGUGGGCGGUGACCGAGAAAGUGCUGCUAGACACGCGCGAAGAGACAGAGAAGGAGGGCGUCAGCACACUCAAGGCAGUUCGGCAAGUUUGGGCCACCUUGCAAAAUAUGCCGCCACGGAUACGUGCCAUCUGCCAUGCAAACUUCUGGGCGUGGCUAGGCUGGUUCCCAUUCCUGUUUUACAGUACCACCUGGAUUGGGGAAACCUAUUUCCGCUACGAUGCCCCUGAGGAAGCACAAGCGUCCAAGGACCGUCUAGGCGACAUUGGUCGAGUCGGCAGCGAGGCGUUCAUAUGGUAUUCGAUCAUCACGUUCGCGGCAUCGUGGCUGCUGCCGUUUGUCAUCCGGUCGCCUGACGAGGAAGAGUACACUAAGAGACCCCCUCAGAGCAUCAAGGUUCUCGUCGAAGCACUUAACAAAAACAAGCCCGACCUUCUUACAGCGUGGAUCUUGGCUCACGCAACUUUUGCCGCGACAAUGAUCUGGGCCCCUUUUGCCCACAGCUACCGCUUCGCAAGGCUGCUUGUCUGUCUGUGUUCGUUACCAUGGACCAUCGCCAUUUGGGCGCCGCCGACCUUCCUCGGUGUUGAAGUCAACAAGCUCAGCGGCGCGUCUCACAAUCCUUCUGCGCGACAUGCUAACGGCAUAGGCGGCGGCGCGGGGGACAUCGAGCUGGGUGGAUUACUCUCGCCCGUCGACAAGGAAACCACACAAGGCGGCAGCAAAUCCAACCCGAGCGGUAGCGGAGAGCUUUCGGGCAUCUAUUUUGGCAUUCUCAACAUCUACACGACAAUCCCACAGUUCAUGGGCACAAUCAUCAGCACCAUCGUGUUCAGCAUCCUGGAGCCAGGAAAAUCACCCGAACUUGCGCACCAUGCGCACCCGGACGAACACCACGGGACGGAUGGACCCAACGCCAUCGCCGUGUGCCUGUUUAUUGGCGCCCUUGGUGCCAUCAUGGCAAUUUUCCAGACCAUGAAGCUGAAGCAUCUGUAG